AUGAAGGCUGCUGCUGAAGCACAGGUUCCUGGAAAUCUAGUGCCAUUAUUGUUUAGUGGUGGAAGCAAUUGCGAGUUGAGAUCUGAGUCGCUCCUGAAUAGAGUUGUGCCUGGGUGUGGAGGACAUGUAUGUAUGAAUACCCAUGGGAAUGUGGCUGCGAUGGGCUCUGUUGGUGGAGCAGUUUCCAAUGACUAUAGGUUCCCGCCAGAGCAGUCAGGGAUGACUAUGAGGCAUUCGGAGAGUAAUGUGCCAAGGACUGGUAGUCAGCAGAAUAUCAAUCCUAAUAUGAAUCCAAAUAUGAACCCAAAUAUGAAUUCAAAUAUUACCAAGAGGACGCAUUCGCCUGCCAGGAUUGGAGCAGCUGCGGUUGCUGCGCUCAAUGAGACAUCCGAAGUGAUUCAGGAGACAGAACAUGAACACGAACUACCCAGCUUACUUCCGGGUUAUCCCGGAUCUAAUUCGUCUUCGAACCCACUUGACCAUACUAAGAGUCAUAAGAGGAACUUUUCACUUCCAUCUCUGAGGUUUCAGCCCAAGCCUUUUUCCAAGUCUGAUUCCGCAAAUGCAGAUCAGAAGAAACCUUUUAACACUAUAUUAAACUUUGGCUCCUGGCAUUCAUAUAAUACGCACUCUAACAAGCCGCCUGCGGUGCAGGGAGGUAUUAAGAAGCACAGGAGAUCGAUAUCUGCAUCAAGUUUUGGUGUAAUUGACCUAAAUGUUGUAAACGAAGCGGGCUACAGUUACUCGAAGGCUUCUAGAGUAGAGUCCUCACUCACUGUAUCUACGACAAAGAAGCCUGAAACUCCUACUGCAAACUGCGACACAGAUUCAGAUGACCAAAAAACAUGUAGUGGACGUAGCGGUGAAGCUACUCCAAAGAAGAAUCCGUCUUCGUUGGAUAAUAUAUUGAGUGGUUAA